CUUACGAACGAUGGAAAACUUGGGUUGUGCUAGUGCCUCUUUCAUUAUUCUAUACGAGUUGCUGAAGAAAAAGAGACGACGGCGUUCUAGAUUGUCUUCACAAUUAUAUUUACAAAGAAGUCGAGACCGUAGCCUCAACAACACAUUUUUAUUGCGCGACAUUCAAAGUGAGGGAGACGGCAGACGAUUCAAAAAUUUUACAAGAAUGUCAGAAGCAGAUUUUUCAUUUCUCCUGGAUGCGAUUAAAGACAAGAUAUCCAGACGAGAUACUGAGUUCCGAAUGGCAAUCCCUGCGGAAGAACGUUUAGCGCUAACACUGCGGUUCCUUGCAAGUGGCGAUUCAUUUACAAGUCUCCAGUAUAUGUGGAAAAUAUCCAAACAAUUGAUAUCCAGAAUUGUUCCAGAAGUAUGCGAGGCUCUUGUUGACGUUUUAAUGGAAUAUAUUAAGCUGCCAUCGUCACCUGCAGAGUGGGAAGAGAUCGCCCAACAAUUCGAAAAUGUAUGGAAUUUUCCUAACUGUUUAGGCGCUAUCGACGGUAAACAUAUCGUUAUACAAGCGCCAAUAAAAAGCGGCAGUGAAUACAUAAACUACAAAUCGCAAUUCAGUAUUGUACUAAUGGCACUGGUAGAUGCUGAGUACAAUUUCACCUUCGUGGAUAUUGGUUGUCAAGGACGAAUCUCAGAUGGAGGUGUUUUUAACAACUGCAAACUGUAUCACAAAAUUGAAGACGGUUCCUUGAAUAUUCCUGCACCUAAACCCCUUCCUGGAAGAUCCCUGAAAUUGCCAUACGUGUUUGUCGCAGAUGCAGCAUUUCCAUUAACAGAAAAUAUUAUGAAACCAUACAGCGGCUAUCAUCCUAAAGAUACAGCAGAAAGAGCUUAUAAUUAUCGGCUUAGCAGAGCACGCCGCAUAGUGGAAAAUGCGUUUGGAAUCGCUUCCAGUGUGUUUCGCGUUUUGAGGAAACCUCUUCUUUUAAAACCAGAGAAAGCCACACUGAUAGUUAUGACGGUUGUGUGUCUUCAUAAUUUUUUGCGUAGAAGUAAAACUUCAAAACAUUUAUACUCUCCAGUUGGUUCUUUGGAUACCGAAAAAGAAGGAGAACUAAUUCCAGGAACGUGGCGAGCUGAAGAAAAGGAACUCGCAUCUCUGCUACCACUCAAGAACAUACCUCGCAGAAACAAAGAAAGUGUAGCCGCAAUAAGGAACGAAUUUGCCAAAUACUUCAAAGAAUCGGGAGCACUAACAUGGCAAAAUAAAUAUAUGUAAUCAUGUAUAGCAUGUAUGUACUCGUAUUUGUUGAGUAUCACACAU